AUGUUCUCCAUCUCUAGCGCUCCAGCGAAACAAUCUGUUGGCGACACGAUCUCCGUUCUCAGUGGCCGACUCGGUUCUGCGACCCUUCUCGAAGAUCGGCGAGCUGCGAUUCUAGGCCUGCGAAGCUUCGCAAAAGACUACCCAGCGACUGUAGCGUCCGGGGCUCUCAGGGGCUUGAUUGGCAGCCUCACAAAAGAUGCCGAAGAUGUCGAUACAAUCAAGGUCGUGCUGGAGACGCUGUUGAUGCUGUUCAACCCGAACAAGGAGAGUCCAGAAGCGUCGGAUGAAAUCGCCUUGUGGCUGGCCGAUGAAUUUACCCAGCGUCAAGAAAACAUCACGCUGGUCCUGGAUUUUUUAGAUUCUACCGACUUCUAUUCACGCCUGUAUUGUUUACAACUUCUCAGCUCAAUUCUCACCGCACGAACCCAACGAACCGAAGAAUGCGUUCUCUCUGCACCACUAGGGAUCAGCCGCCUCGUGGCUGCUCUCGACGAUCAACGGGAGGCGAUCCGCACCGAGGGUAUCAAUCUAUUGAUACUGCUGACAUCGAGUUCCAUUGAGAUACAAAAGCUUGUAGCGUUUCAGAGUGCCUUUGAAAAAAUAUUCGUCAUCAUUGCUGGUGACGGUUCUCUCUCUGAAAGCGGAAGGACUGUAGAGGAUUGCUUGAUACUCUUAGCCAACUUGUUGAGGGGCAAUGCGGCCAACCAGUCUCUCUUUAGGGAGUCUGACUGCAUGGGAAAACUUACAGAGAUGCUCAAGGGCCUACUCGAAGCUCGGAACCAGGAAGAUGGUCUGGCCAAAUGGGCGCAAAUCCAGGUCAAUCGAAACAUAUACGCAUUUCUCUCCAUCAUCCGCCUGUUUUUGUCUGCAAACUCGGCAGAGACGCAUCAGAAUCAAGCUACAUUCUGGAGGCACGGCCUUAGCUAUCUUAUCCUUCAGCUUGCGUUCGACCCUAAUGUUCAAACGCGAAUCAAAGCCGAGGCUUUGGUUGCUUGCGGAGACCUGAUUCGUAACAACAUGACGCUCCAGGAAGGAUUCGCCUCGCUCACAGUCUCUCCACCACUGGAAUCCAUGGCCGGGAACCCAAAAGUAUCCAAUGGCAAUGCUCCUUCCAGGAUCUACAUUAUUGACGGCCUGCUUGAUUUGACAUUAAACGUGCACGAUCUUGCCGCGUUUGACUUGCGAUAUGCCGCCUGCCAGUGUCUGACCGCCUAUUUCUCCAACCACGCCGAAGUAAAAUCGCAUUUCCUUGGCAGAGCCAUAGAAGGGUAUCAAUCUGGACGAGACGAAUCUGCUAACAUCUUGAGUGUUCUGCUGAAGCUACCUGGUGAUGUAUUCUUGAACGACCCAUACCGAGUGUGGUUUGCCUCUGUUAUCGCAUUUCACCUUGUCUACGACAAUCCUGCUGCCAAGGCAGUGGCAAAGGGCUUAACUGAAGGCGAUGCCUCUAAAGGCGAGGAGGUUGUGACCAGCAUACAGACGAUCACAGCGCAUCUACUCACGAGGAUACGUCGAGAUGAUGACACCCGAAUAUUGGUGGGGUAUCUUAUGCUACUUCUAGGCUGGCUGUUUGAGGAUCUCGACGCCGUCAACGACUUCCUGUCCGAAGGCAGCAAUGUCCAGGGCCUUAUUCAGGUAAUCUCACAGCCAGUUCGUGUAGCAGGGGAGCUCGUGCAAGGUUUGUGCGCCAUGUUGCUGGGUUUCAUUUAUGAGUUUUCUACAAAGGAUUCACCUAUUCCACGAGCAACAUUACAUUCUAUUCUGGAAUCGCGGCUGGACAAAGAUGGCUAUUUAGACCGUCUAGUAAAACUGCGAAACCACCCGUUGCUCCGAGACUUUGAGGUCACGCCACAAACUCUCAUUGCUUCACCCACUGGGGAAGAAGAAGUGAAUGUGUUCUUCGAUGGCAUAUUUGUUGAGUUUUUCAAAGAUAACUAUAGUCGGGCAGCCCGUGCUAUUGAUAAAGCACCUGAUGUGGAAGUAUCGGUCAUCACAAAUGGCAUGGAGCAGGGCAUAUCAAGACAGCUCGUAGAUUCUCUGCGGCAUCAAGUAGAGGAGAGGGAUGGCGCGAUUGUUGAAGCUAACGAAGCCAAACAAGCACUGCAACGAGCCGUUAAUGAAGCACAGGAGGCACAUCGCCGUGCCAAGGAAGAUGCCGAGGCCACAAGUGCGAAGUUGACAACAGAACUGAGCAAGCUUCAAAGCCAACAUGCUGCUAAAGCUGCGGAAUACGAACAAAAAGUCGUGCAACUGCAGCAGCAACUCAAUUCCAAAGACCAAAAUCAUCAAUUACAGCUAGAUGCCAAAGAUACUCGUCUGAAAAGGGAAUUGGAAGCCAAAGAUGCGCGCCUAAAAAGAGAGCUGGAUGCCAAAGACAAAGAGCUAAAUGCUAAAGAGGCUCAAUUUCGAAAAGAGCUGGACGCUAAAGAGGCCCAUCUCCAAAAGCAACUAGAUACCAAGGAGCGGCAGCUUCAAGCUCAACUGAGUGCCAAGGACCAGCACCUACAGACGCAACUGAGUCAGGCUCAAAAAGCACACGAGGUAGAGGCAGAGCGAGCUAAGCAGAAGGCUGAAGCGGAAAUCGCUGAUUUGAAGGCGACUGCCAGCAGACUUGAAGUCGAUUUGAUGAAAGCCAAUAAGACCAAGACGAUUGAGCUACAGGCCCUUCGUACAGAGUAUGCGGACGCUUUAGCAGAGCAGGAGUCUCAGCUAAAGAAGGCCAACGAGAAGAACGAAGAAGUAGAAAAAGAGCUAAAGGCGGUCAACGAGAAGCACAAUGAGCUAGAAAAACAGCUGAAGACUGCCACCGAGAAGAACGAGGAGCUGGAAAAACAGCUGGAAGAUGCAACGUCAGAAGCUAAGAAGCUGCGGCAGGAGGUUGCGGAGGCAAAGUCAGCAAAGUCAGCCGUCAAGAAUGCAGAGGAGGCCAAGGAUGCCGUACAGUCCGAACUUGACGAUCUCCUUAUGGUAUUUGGCGAUCUAGAGGAGAAGCUGGCACAGUACAAGACUCGUUUACGGGAUCUCGGACAAGAUGUGUCUGAUGGUGAGGACGAUGACGACGACGAGGACGGAGACGACGGUAGUGCCGACGAAGAUGAGGGCGAAGAAGACCAGAAAUAG